AUGGACCCAAGUGCAGAUGCGAGACCAAGUGACAACGGGGGCUGGCUGGUGGACGAAACCCCGCCCUUUCUGGAGUCUGCCGCUAAACUUUUGGCGGUUCUAGCUUUGAAGGAGAGGACUGGCUACAAAAUGCUACAGGAUAACAGACAGAGGACGUAUGGUCCCCCCCCAGGGUGGGACGGCCCACCGCCCCCUCAUGGCUGUGAGCUAUAUGUGGGGAAUAUUCCCAGAGACAUGUAUGAAGACGAGCUGGUUCCUCAGUUUGAGCGUGCUGGACAAAUCUAUGAGUUCAGACUGAUGCUGGAGUCCAGUGGAAAGAACCGAGGCUACGGCUUUGUCAAGUUCAGCAGCAGAGACGAGGCAUACAGAGCGAUCCAGCAGUUGAAUCACUCAGAGGUUCGUCCAGGAAGGUUUAUCAUUGUGUGUCCGAGUUUUAACAACUGCCGACUUUUCAUCAAGCCCAUACCCAGACACGUGACGAAGGACCACAUCCUGGAGGAGAUGAAGACAGUGACAUACGGUGUAGAGGGUGUGAUUGUACCUCAGAGUUGUUCACGUGAAGGAAUCAGAAAUUGGGGAUUUGCCUUCAUCAAAUAUGAAUCCCACAAAGCUGCAGCCCUGGCAAGGAGGAGGCUGAUCACAGGUACUCCUCACUGCUCCUCAGUUGCUCAUUACUCCUCACUACUCCUCACAGCUGCUCAUUACCCCUCAGUGCAGCCCUGGGGACACCACAUGUUUGUCGACUGGGCUGAGCUGGAGACGGACCUGUAUCGGGAGGACAUACGGCACGUCAAGGUCCUCCACGUGUGCAACCUGCAGCCUCAGACAUCGAAGGAGACCCUCCAUCAGGAGUUCUCCAGCUUCAGUCCAGGCUGUGUGGAACACGUCAAGAAGUGCAACAGCUAUGCCUUCAUCUACUACCACCGCCACAGUGAUGCCAUGAUGGCGUUCAAGCUCAUGAACGGAGCCCAAAUCGACGGUGCCGUCGUGGAGAUCGUCCUGUGCAAGAACGAGAGCGCCGCCAGGAGAAGGUUCAUUGGGCAGGGCAACCUGGGUGGAGGUGGAGGAGAAGAGCUCGGCUUCUCCAAAGGAUUCACAUCUCUGCCGGCUGGCCAGGGAAACCCCCUCUACAGUGCCUCAGGAGCAACGCUGACCGGCUCUUACAAGAAUGUUGAGCAGUUCUAA